AUGCCAGCACCCAACAAGAAGAAUAUCCAAGGGGAUAUUUGGCCCCGACUUCCAAAAAAGGCGGAAACAUUCCUUUUCUUUCGAAUCACGAAGCCUGCAGCCUUUAAAGGCCAUUUAUCUCAACUGGCACCAUUGCUCACUACGGCUGAGGAUGCACAGAGAAUGAGAGAAGACAUUUACAAGAAGAAGGAAGCAGGAACUCUGAAAGGCCUUAUUCAGCUAUCAGCGAUCAACGUUGCGUUUUCUGCUAGGGGUUUGGCUAAGCUCGGAGCGGAGGGCUUCACCGAUGAUAUUUUCAACAAUGGCCAAUGGCAAGAUAUGACUUACCCAGGCACUGGUGAAGAUCCAAAGAAGCAUCAAGGCCUCGAUGAUCAACAGGAUUGGUACCAUCAGUUUAAGCCAAGGAAUGGCUACGUCGACGGUGUCUUCAUUGUCACUGGUGAUAGCGACCAGACUGUGAAGAAAACAAUUGAUUCACUGAUCGAGAAGAUUUUUAAUGUUGGUCAGGCUGGGCAAAGCAUUCAGAGAAUCUUCUCCCAGAGUGGCAAUGUUCUGCCUGAUGAUAGAGAACACUUUGGAUGGGUUGACGGUAUUUCCCAACCCGUGGUUACUGGUUUGGAUGAUCUUAGCAAGAACAAGUCGCCCAAUGGCUUGAAACCAAUCCCCGCUGGUACUAUCCUUGUUGGAUGUGAUGGGGACAAGUCCAAGCACCCGGAAUGGGCCAAGGAAGGUAGCUUUAUGGUUUACCGCGCUUACGAGCAGAGAACUCCUGAGUUCGUAAUGUGGUGUGGCCGGAAUACCCCAUCUGUGCAAUCGGAGGGUUUUUCGGAGAAUGCCAAGAAGGAACUCCGCCUCUUCUCGUCCCGUGUGAUGGGGCGAUGGCCUGACGGUGCUCCUUUGGAACUUCACCCGGAGAGAGAUCCUAGCCACAUCCUGAGCGCUGAUCCCCAUGAGAACUACGAGCUACUCAAGAAAGAAUGGGGUGAUGACUUUGAAAGGAAGUACAAGGAGCAGGAAGCGAUGAACCAUACGGACAACUUCAACUACAAUGCUGAUGACCAAACGCGCUGCCCAUUUGCUUCGCAUAUCCGCAAGUGCGGGCCUCGAGAUGAUCACCCCUUCUAUACGAAACAUCUCAUGCUCCGCAGAGGAAUUCCGUAUGGGCCGUUGACCAAGAACGAAGAAAAGGCUGGUGGAGUGUCGCAAACUGAGCGUGGGCUGUUGUUUGUUUCGUACCAGAGCAAUAUUAAGAAUGGAUUCCACACCGUUCAGAAAGAAUGGGCGAAUACUGCUCACGGCCCCGACGAUAAGACCGACCAAUGCGGAGGUAAAGCCCCUCAAGGAAUUGACCCAAUCAUCGGUCAAGUUGCCCCUCAUAAUCGUCAUGAUGAAAACCCCGUCAUAUACAAUGAGCCCGUCCCUGCUGUGAAUCUGCCGGACCCCCGAGUUCCUCCACCAGAGGUCAACGAGCGAACUGUUCCUAUUGAACGAUGGGUGAUUCCCCAUGGCGGCGAGUACUUCUUUACCCCGUCAAUUUCGGGUAUCCAGGACCAUCUGUGCAAGGCCUAG